AAAAACACAAAGAAGAAGAAGAAGAAGUCGCUUUAUAUGUUUUAUAUUAUUGAAUAUGCGAUAAGAAGCCAAUAACAACCACCGUGGAAUCUACCAUAAAGACUGAAUUUGUGCAGGUGUGGUGUUGAUCUUCGUGUCCUGUGAGCGCCAUGGCCUCCCAGAGAGUCCUCUCUCAGAGCAAAGAGUCUCUGCUGCAGAACUACAACAAGAGGCUGAAGGACGACAUCAAGUCCAUCAUGGACAACUUCACUGAAAUCAUCAAGACGGCCAAGAUAGAGGAGGAAACGCAGGUAUCCCGAGCAGCCCAAGCAGAGCAGGACCAUUACGAGAUGCACGUCAGAGCAGCCAACAUUGUUCGGGCUGGUGAAUCCCUCAUGAAACUGGUGUCGGAUCUGAAGCAGUUCCUGAUUCUGAACGACUUCCCCUCUGUCAACGACGCCAUUAGUCUUCAGAACCAGCAGCUACGCUCGCUACAGGAAGACUGUGACAAAAAGCUCAUGUCGCUCCGGGAUGAGAUCGCCGUUGACCUGUAUGAGCUAGAGGAAGAAUAUUACUCGUCCAGCUACUGUCAGUGGGACAGCACUGACUUGCCUCUGUGUGAGGCCUACCGCUGGCGGGACAGUUGGGCUUCCCCAGACAGCAGUGGCAGUACGACUCCGGGUGACCGAGAGGAACUUGAUGGACCGCCUUCACAGGAAGCAAACACGCAGCACCUCAACGGACAUGGGACUGCCUCCAUGGAGAAACCGUGACGGGAGAAGCAAGGACGCAGGACUAGAACACAGCACACUCAGCCCUGUUUAGACAUUUAUGAUUGGAUAGUUUUGUUUGCAUUACACCUUGCUAAGUAGCAUUAAAUCAGACUUGAAUUUAAAGCUGGAUUUUAUUUGAAGUGGACUGAACAAGAGCACCUGGAAACUUAGGAAUGAUAUCAGCCCUUAAACCUAACCUUCAAUAACAUUCCCCUUGUUUUAGAUUAAUUGUAAAAAUGGCAGUCACUCAGAAAAAUGCAUGCAACUUUCAAAGGUUUGUUUUUAAACACAUUUACACUGUAUUUAUUUUCCUUUCAUAUGCACUGAUCACAGUUGUAUAUACUCAGAUAAGUUGCAAAAUACUGCUUUUGUAAGACAUUUACACUCCCAAUAUCAAAUCAAAGCUGUUUUCUAUUUUUACAAUGAAAUGUAUUUCUGAAAAUCAUAAACCAAGCUUGAGCUAAAAGUUAAAAUGGACUGAUUUACAUGAGUAUCACUCUGUAUCUGUCACACUGGAUGAGUCUGAUAAAUUAUGCUGGUCAUCUGAGAUAUUUGGAUUUUUUUGUUGUUUUUUUUUUUUUUUACAUUAAACUGUAGGGAAACUGAUAAAGUAUUAAAUGCUUUCCACUACAUCUUAAUUGAUCAGUUAAGCUCAGAGCUGGUUAAGUAACAUCUUUCUGGUUCCAUAACUUUAAAGCACUUGUAAUUUCAUAAUUUAACACCCCUAGAUGAAAAUGCAAAUGGUUUUAAAAUAUUAGUUUCCACAGAAGAAGGUGUAUUAAGAGGGGGAAAAAGGUCUGAUG